GGCUGGAACCUGCCGCACUGACCAAUCACGGAAGGGAGGUGGAGGGUUAGAGGCGAGAACGACCUUGCGUGGUGAAGGAACAAAGCCUGUUGGCCUGAAAGAACAUUUGACUUCAAAAUAAGUGUUUUUUGUUUUUUUGUUUUCAGGGAACUUUUGUCUUGAACCAUGACUACAGUAGUGUUGGUGACAGGAGCAAAUAGUGGCAUUGGUCUGGCACUCUGUGAGCGUCUCCUCUCCCAGGAUGUGGAUGGGCUGCAGCUCUGUCUGGCCUGCAGGAACAUGCGUCGGGCUCAGGCUGCUCGAUGUGCCCUUCUCACCUCCUUUCCCACAGCUCAGGUGGCUCUGCUGCAGCUGGACACCAGCAGCGUCUCCUCUGUCAUCAGUGCUGCACGGGAGGUCAAAGUCAGGUAUAACAGGUUGGAUUACCUCUACCUGAACGCAGGCAUCAUGCCAAACCCACAGUUUGAUGUAAAGGCCUUUUUUAAAGGGCUCUUCUCCAGCAAUGUGAUUACCAUGUUUGCCACUGGUGAGGGGAUCCUGACCCAGAAGGAUGAUGUCACCUCUGAAGGCCUGAGAGAAGUGUUUGCAACGAACCUCUUUGGUCACUUUCUGCUUAUUAGAGAGCUGGAGCCGCUGCUGUGCCAUGAAGCUCUGACCUCACAGGUGAUCUGGACCUCCUCCAGUAACGCUCACCGCUCGGCCUUUAACCUGGAAGACAUACAGCACUUCAGAGGCAACCAGCCGUACAGCUCCUCCAAAUACGCUUCUGAUCUGCUCAGCCUGGCACUGAACACACGCUACAACAAACAGGGUUUAUACUCUUCUGUAAUUUGUCCUGGUUUUGUGAUGACCAGCCUGACCUACAGCGUCCUGCCCGCCUUCCCAGCACUGCUCUGGACCCUGCUGAUGCCCCUGCUCUGGUUUAUAAGAUUUUUCACCAACACCUUUACCCUUACACCGUACAACGGAGCUGAAGCGUUGAUGUGGCUGUUUGGGCAAAGUCCUGAAUCACUGGACCCGAAAGUCAAGUACCACAGCCUAACAUCUGGACUGGGCAACAACUACACACAAGCACGUAAAAUGGAUAUUGAUUUGGAAACGUCAGAGGCUUUGUACGCGAAACUACUGCAACUGGAAAGUGAUCUAAAGAUGAAGCUGGAGGAAAAACAAAUAUAAUCUCCACGUGUUCAUGAAUCAUCAUAUGAAUGUGAAGCAGAU